ACACACGGUUACAGCUCUUACCGUCACACUGUGACAGAUCUCUUUCUGGGGUCCCUUGCUGUAUUUAUGUGGAGGGCCCGGCGGCCAUUGCUGUGGGGAAGCCACGCCUCCUGCGCCAGCCAUUUCCCUUCUCACCCCUAGUUACAAAUAAAAUGGAAGAUGAGGCCGCAGAAGAAUACCCCACAGAAAUCCACGAGUAUCUUUCAGCUUUUGAAAAGUCUGUAGACUCGGUAGAAGAUAUGUUGAAGAAGAUGAUGUCUGUUUCUAGGGCAGAACUUCUUCAAAAGAUUGAUCCACUCGAACAAGCAAAAUUAGAUUUGGUCUCGGCAUACACUUUAAAUUCUCUAUUCUGGGUAUAUUUGAGUAGUCAAGGUGUUAAUCCCAAAGACCAUCCUGUUAAAGAGGAACUGGAAAGAAUAAGAAGCUACAUGAACAGAGUCAAAGAAAUAACAGAUCGCAAGAAAGCUGCCAGGCUUGAUAAAGGAGCCGCACGAAGAUUUAUAAAGCAUGCCCUGUCUGACCCUGCCGCUGACGAGGGUUCUCCUGCCAAAAAAGACUUCAAAGCCAAAACAAAGAAAAUAUAGACAUAACUUAGAAGAAAAAU